AUGUCUGUGCCGCGUGAGAAGGAUAAAUCAAAGGUCAGACUAAGAAGUAUACUAGGUCGUUUUUUUAAUUCAAAUAAUGAGGUUAGUUCUUCCUCAUCAUCAUAUUAUUCUGGCCCAGGAGAAAUCAGCUCGCCCUAUAAUACCGUUCACCGAAUACAUGUUGGCUACGAUGGCAAGAAAUUUACGGGCUUGCCGCAACCUUGGAUGGACACAUUGCUUCGUGAUAUUAGUGAAGCCGACCAGAAGAAGAACCCUUCAGCAGUUGUUUCUGCGUUGAAAUUUUAUGCAAAAACUAUUAUGGCACAGGAAGCUGAUAAGCAAAAGUUUAUGAUUACUAAUUCUCAAUUACCGUUUGACGAUGAAAAUGAUGAAGAGCCUAUAGCAACUACCCAGCCAGUUGCAAAAACAGAUGAUAUGAGCAGUAGGAAAGAGUCUCAAAAUAUGGAAAAUAAUAGUUCAACAGAGAUCUCGACGAUAAUUUCAUCCAUUGCGGCUAGUGGAUAUCCGGCUGUGGCACCUCCAAUAAUACCACCUCGACAUUCACAGCAUCCUGGUGCACCACAAUUACCACCAUUACGAAGUUCGAAUAGUACUGCAAUAAUCAGUGAUGGAAGUGUUGAAAUUUCCUCGAACGAAGUAUUUACCAAACCGGCAGUAAAAAGUAGUGCUCGGAAAACACCACCUCCACUACCACCGAAACCAGCGCAUUUAAAACCGUCAUGUUCAAUCAGUGAACAGUUGGUAACACAGCAAGAUGGUCGGGAUAGUCUGGGGUCCGAGUCAUCUUCCAAGGUUUCUGAUGAUGCUGAUUCGAACGUGGCUGUUGAACUGGACAUAGGAAAUGAGUUGUUGGUAGCAACAGUACAGUGUUCAGAAAAGAUCACAUCAGAAGGCAAAACGACAAAUACUAACACUAGAGUUGAUGUCAGCAAUAAAGAAGCAGCCAAUGGAAUUUGUGACAACGUACAAGUGAGGAAAAGGGCGCAAACAAAUGAUAAAGGAACGGAAGAAGCCGCGUAUAAAUCUCAGCGACAGAAACCUAGUGAUCAGGAAAUAUUGGAAGAAUUGAAACAAAUAGUUAAUGAGGGUAAUCCAACAGACCGAUACGACUUGCUUCAAAAGAUUGGCAUUGGUGCAUCGGGCCAUGUUUAUACUGCACGCGAUAAGAUUACGGGUGAAGUAGUUGCCGUAAAGCGUAUGGCAUUUAAAAGUCAGCCAAAGAAGGAGUUGUUGCUCACGGAAAUCAAAGUUAUGCAGAAAUACAAACAUGAAAAUCUUGUCAACUAUAUUGAUAGUUUUUUGGUGGAUGCGGACGACUUGUGGGUUGUCAUGGAUUAUUUGGAAGGCGGUAAUUUAACAGAUGUUGUUGUGAAAACUGAAUUGGAUGAAGGACAAAUUGCUGCAAUUUUGAAAGAAUGUUUAAAUGCUCUUCAAUUUUUACACAGUCACAGUAUCAUACACCGAGAUAUAAAAUCAGACAAUGUUUUGCUAGGAAUGCAAGGUGCCGUAAAAUUGACGGAUUUCGGCUUCUGUGCUCAGAUUCAGCCUGGAUCGAAAAGGGCUACAAUGGUAGGGACACCAUAUUGGAUGGCUCCUGAAAUCGUGAAUAAGGUAAAGUACAACUACAAAGUAGAUAUCUGGUCACUUGGAAUAAUGGCUUUGGAGAUGCUCGAUGGUGAACCACCAUAUCUUUAUGAAACUCCCAUCAAAGCAAUAUAUUUGAUAGCUCAAAACGGAAAACCCGAAGUCAAGAAGAAGAGUUCUUUGUCUCCAGAAUUUAACGAUUUCCUGGAUCGUUGCCUAUGUGUAAAACAGGAAGAACGAGCUGAUGCUGAGGAAUUGUUGCGACACCCGUUUAUCCAGAUGGCAAAACCAUUAAGUUCACUCAUUGCUUACAUACGUGCAGUCAAAGAGCUGAAGCAACAGCAAAGGUGA